AUGGCGUGGACCGUGGACCCGCAAUGGGAAGCGGCGCUAGGACUUGUCGGAACCCUCUCCGCCAUAGCCCUGUUCAUAUCACCCAUUAAGACCUUUCAGCGGAUCAUCAGCAGGCGAAGCACGGAGGACUUCCCGUCCUUCCCGUACGUGUCCACGCUGCUCAAUUGCUUCGUCUGGACGGUCUACGCGCUCCCGUUCGUCACUCCCAACCGCUUCCCACCGCUUGUUACCAAUGUCAUCGGCGUGGCCUUCCAACUGGUUUACCUCGUGCUCUUCGUGCGCUACGCUAAGGACAAAGCUCAGAGCCAAGUGCGGCAGCAGCUGCUGGUGCUCUGCACCUUUCUGCUGCUCUUCACAGCUCUCCUCUUCACCAUCGUGCCUCCACCCAGCCGCACUGCUGUGGCUGGAAACCUAGCCACUCUCUUCACUGUCAUCAUGGUAGGUGAUAGGGGGGUAGGAGAGAAGGGGGCAGGAGAGAAGGGGGCAGGAGAGAAGGGGGCAGGAGACAAGGGGGUAGUAGUGAAGGGGGUAGGAGAGAAGGGGGAGGAGUGA